AUGACUUUUACAUGGCUUUUCUUGAUAAUACUGAGUUUGACGUGUAGCACGGAGAACAGGUGUUCUCCGACGUCUUUCUACAAAAACUGCUGGAUCCGCCGUUUCCCCGGGAUCUUCAUCGAUAUCGACGAGUCGCAGCGGAGAGGCGCGCAGCUUCUAAAGUUCUACCCGGAGGAGACGGCGCUGAAAUGCAGCCGAUCGUGUUGUCUCACAAGAAAUUUUUCCUGUAACCUGGCCGUGUUCCACUAUGACGCCGUUCAGGAGAGUGUCAACUGCUUCCACCUGCACUGCCCAACGCUGGAGAGCUGCGUCCUCAGACGCCGGAACAAUGUCAUCCUCUACAACGUGACCAAAGGUGUGGAUCCUGACCUGCUGGUGUUUGGGAAGUACUUCACCUCCAAUGUGCGUGUGCUGCCACACCUCUCCUCCCGCCUAAACACCACAGAGCCUCUGGCCUCCGAUAAGAGGCAGUUCAACCGGCCUCCAGCUGCUCCUGCCCUGCCCCUGACCCCAGCCCCCACCGCGAGGCCAACCGCAGCAAGGACCACCACACCAGAGACACCCAGCCCUACUGCUUCUACAGCAAGGCCAUCCACACCAGCAUCCACACCAGAGACACCCAGCACAACUGCCUCCACAACACCCAGUACAACUGCCUCCACAACAGAGCCAUCUACAGAACCUUCCACAACAGCCUCAACAGCAAUAGCCUUCCACAACAUCAUCCACGGCAGAGACACCCAACACAACCGCCUCCACAACAGCCUCAACAGCAGGGCCUUCCACAACAAGCACACCCACACCAGAGACACCCAGCCCUACCGCAUCCACCACAGGGCUUUCUACAUCCACAGCAGAGUCUUCCACAGCAUCACCCACAGCAAGGCCUUCCUCAGAGAUGACAUCUGCGGCAGAGCCUUCCACAACCAGGGCAUCUACAGCCCUACAGAUGCCACUGCCCGCACCCCCAGCAUCACCCUCGUCACCUGGACCACCUCCAGUCAUCCCCCCUCCUCCAGUGGUUCCUCCACUGCUCCGCCUUACUCCCACUCCGCCAUCCAGAUCACCACCACGGCCCCUCUGACCACCGGCCCCUACCCAGUCAUCGCCGUGCCCGCCAACCUCGAGGGAAGCAAGCAGUACCCCAACGACACCAAGGGGUACGUCAGCCGGAACCACACUGCGGGAGAGGGGGGCGGGGCCAGGGAGGGGGAGGGGAAGGGGGAGGGGAGCGGGGAUGACCCGGGUGAACUGACUCCUGUCUGGCACCUGGCAGUCAAAACCCUGUUAGUACCUGUGCUGGUGUGUGUCGCCGCCCUGCUGGCCUGCUGCUGCACUGUCCUGAUGGCCGUCUGCCUGAGGUGUAAGAGGAAAGGCCGCUACAGGACGUCCUGGAGAAACGGCAGGGUGUCCAUGCGCCUCAUCAAGUACGUCAUUGUCAGGGAGAGCUCGUGA